ACUCUACAACAUAGCACGAUCUUAUCACUAUCUUAGAACACUACACUUCACCAAACGUAACCUCACACACCAUCUACAAAUUAAUAUCUUAUUCCUCUCUUUUCUUUUCUCACCUACACUACAAAUUCAGACACUCUCCCUUCAAACCACCAACAACGAAAGACCAUGUCGGUGAAGGAGUGCGACCACCACAAGGGAAAGAAGAGGAAGAACUUCCAGCGAGUCUUCUGGUGCAUAGUGGUCUUCCUCUUCCUUGUCUUGCUCGCUAUUCUUCUCAUAUGGGCAAUCCUCAGACCCACCAAACCUACCUUCACUCUUCAAGACGUCACCGUUUACGCCUUCAACGCCACCGUCGCCAACUUCUUGACAUCCAGUUUCCAAGUCACGCUCAUCUCCCGCAACCCUAACGACCACAUCGGAGUCUACUACGACCGCCUCGAAACCUACGUCACUUACCAGAGCCAGCAGGUGACCUUCCGCACCUCCAUCCCUCCCACCUAUCAGGGCCACAAAGAGGUCAACGUUUGGUCUCCGUUUGUCUACGGCACCAACGUCCCCGUCGCACCCUUCAACUUCCAAGGCCUCAGCCAGAACCAGGCUGCGGGUACCGUCCUCAUCACCGUCAGAGCUAACGGCAGGGUCCGCUGGAAGGUCGGCACCUUCAUCUCCGGCCGCUACCACCUCUACGUCCGCUGCCCCGCCUUCAUCUCCUUCGGCGCCCGCACCAACGGCAUCGUCGUCGGCGAAAACGCCGUCAAAUUCCAGAUCAUCCAACGUUGCUCCGUCAGCGUUUAAACUCGCCGCAAAAAUUUACCAACUCAUUCUCUAACACACUCUUUCAAACACACCUUUUCAUCGGAAAAAACUUACAUACAGUAUUAUGAAUACCAUUGAUGUUGUUCUUCGAUUGUGGUCGGAGUUUCACCUUUUACAAUGCAUUUACAUUGAAAAACAACAUCAACAAUACUGUAAACAAGUUUUACCCUUUUAUUACCACCAAAAAAAAAAACUAAAUUUAGUGAUGUACAUUAUUUUACAUCAAUAAUUUAGUGACGAGCUUUCAAGAAAACAUAAGCACAAAAUUUCGUCACUGAUUUUAAAAUUUUUUGAAAAUAUCACAAUUUUACUGUCUCUUAACAUGUUGAAGAUGUUACGGUAUAUAUUUCGAUCAAUGAAAGAAUAAUGAAGAGUGUGUUAAAAGAAUGUAUUAGAAAUAUGUUGGUAAUGUUCUCCCUUAGUGUAUUUUUAUACGUAUGUAUGUAUUCUUCCUCUGUUUUUACUGUACGUAAAGUCGUGUAUGAAUUGGUCACUAGAUGUUUGUCUUCUACUUUUUGCUAUGUGAAACAGAUCAAAGAGUCGGAUAUAGCAAAACUACCAGAUGCAAAAAGGAGAUUAAAAGUAAGUUGAGGUACGAUGGCAAUAAAAUUUCUUGUUUCAAUUUGGAUAAGAAAGAGAGUGAUGAAGCAUGGAUGGAUUCUGAGUCAUUA